CACGUCAGCAGUCAAUAAAUUGUACUGAAGAUGUAAUAGUCCCAUCAUCCUCUUCCUGGUAUGAGCGUGACACAUUACACCCACUUUGGGGUGCCUGAAAAAACAAGCUGAAGCAAGAGUUUGGCAAAUGACACGGUGUUCAAGUGGAGAGACGAGCCUGCGAGGGGGAGAGCAGCCAUCAAGAAUCGACUGACACUUGGUUUUUUGAAAGACGGGUCACGCGACGGUGGAAGUGUGUGUGUUACACGUUUUUGGAUAUAAAAAACGCGCGAGGAUACUAUGUUGCAAUUAAGUUUACAAUGAAGACGCAGGCGAUAAGGUGACUUUAAAAAGAAAAGAAAAGCCAUUGUUGUACUUCAAAGGUUGUUUUGUUUUUUUAAAACUUUGAUAAAAAUGAGGUUUCGGCUCAACAAAAAGAAUCUGCUCGCGCUGUUGGGUGUUUUCUUUGUAGUUGCGACUUUUUUGAUCUCAACACGUGUUUUAAUCGUCUCUGAUAAUGAAGCGAGUGGAGCCAGUAACGUCGUUCAGGGAAAUCACGGCGUGCUGUCCGGUGGCGACAAGGUGAAGUUUAACUUUGGCUCGCUGUCAGACUUGAGUCAGUCCGUUUACAAUGCUAAUUACAAGCAGUGCAUCCACAAUGCGGAUAAGUUUCCUGGGGAGCCUCAUCUGGUGCUGGUUGUGCAGGUCCACAACAGGCCUGAAUACCUCAGACUGCUUAUCAAGUCACUGGAGAAGGCUGCUGAAGUCCACAGCUUCCUCCUCCUCUUUAGCCAUGACUAUUUUUCACAGGAAAUAAACGCCAUUGUGCAAGGGAUAACUUUCUGCAAGGUACUGCAAAUUUAUUUCCCUUUCAGCACUCAGCUGUAUCCCAAUGAGUUUCCUGGACAGGAUCCACGAGACUGCCCGAGAGACGCAUCCAAGGACAACGCUCUGAAAACAGGAUGCCUCAACGCAGAACACCCCGAUUCCUACGGUCACUACAGGGAAGCCUUCAUCACACAAACCAAACAUCACUGGUGGUGGAAAAUGCACUUUGUGUGGGAGCGAGUGCAGGCGAUGCAGGGCUACGGUGGCUUUGCAAUCUUUCUGGAGGAGGACAACUACAUCUUACCUGACUUCUACCAUAUGUAUAAAUCAAUGAUAGAGUACAGGAAGAACAGCUGCACAGACUGUGACAUGCUGGCUUUGGGUAACCACAACGACCUGACUGAUUUUCACAGGCUGUCCAAUAAGGUGUUGACCACUGGGUGGAUGUCCACCAAACACAACAUAGGCAUGGCCAUCUCCAGGGAGGUGUACUACAAGCUGAUGGGCUGCAGCAACGUCUUCUGCACUUAUGAUGACUACAACUGGGACUGGACUCUGCAGCACCUCUCGGGGUCCUGCAUAUCAAAGCCCCUCAAAGUGCUUGUAGCCCAGGCUUCCAGGGUUCUUCACACAGGAGACUGCGGCCUCCACCAGAAGGAGAACUGCAGGCCAGAGUGGGCCUUGCAGAGGGUUGAGGACGGCCUUAAAAUGGCCAAAGACACCCUCUUUCCACCGUCUCUUGUCCUUAGUGUGGCAGAGUCAGUGGAGCAUAAGGCACACAUGAAGAACGGAGGAUGGGGAGAUGUCCGUGACCAUAUUCUAUGCAAUAACUACGCCAAACGUCUUUGAACUAUUCCUUUCUUUAUGUGAUAUGGGUAAAAAUGUUCAUCUGUAUUCUGCAAAAGAUGUGCCAUUCAUACACAACCUGUUAGUGUUUAGAGGCUGCAGUGGUAGUCACUUCGAGUGUGUCUGGGUUCUCUACCUGCAAGGUCUUCCACAACAGCAACCAAAGCAAGUCUGAGCAUGUUGCAUGUACUCAGCUGGAGUUUUAAAACUGUACUUUUUGAUGCCAAAGACUUUGUUGACAAUAUGUGUUGAGUAUAAUGCAUACAAGCUUGGUCAUGCUGUUCAUUAUAAUGUCACCAGGUGUGUUGAUCUCUGGGUGUCUUACAAGCCAAAACAUUACAUUUAUUGCACAGUAAUGGAAAAUGACUGUAUAUAAACACAAUUUGCAAUUUGAUUUGCAAAUAUUUCCCUUUCUGAGAACACUGCACAGGAUGUUAAUUUCUAAGAGGUUCAACUUGCAGUGCUUUCAAUUUGCAGUGUUUCUAUAUGUGCUUUGUAUGGUACGAUGUGUAAGUGCAGCAACAAACAAAAAAGGCACAUGUAAUGCACAGACUCGUAGGUUUAAUCAAAAUGUAUAUGACAAUCUUAAAUAUUAUGGGAAAGCUGCAGUUAAUUGAGUAAUGAUUGACUUUACUGUCACAGUGAUUUCAUGCACAUAAUGAAAUUAGUGUUACUGAAUGUAACAUUCACUUUCUUUCUGUUAUAACCAGGGGUCAUUAUUUCUUUUCUUGCUUCAUCAGCCUCCCACUCCCCACUGUAUUGAUCCCUGGUUGCAACAACUAAGGCUGGCUUGAUGAUUGAUUUCUUUCUUUGGCUGUGUGUUUAUUUGCUCUUUGAAAGAAGAACAGUGACCUUUUGGAGUCUCGCUCAAGAUUUUUUUUUUUUGUGUCCUGCAAACAUCAGGGUCACGUGUGAUUCUGCAUUUCUAUAUUUGCACCUGCUUGAUUAAAAUGUACUUUAGGAUGCAACACAGCAAAUCGAGAACAGAAUGCACUGCGUUGAGAUUUUCAUGAAUUGGAAAGACAAACGUGCCUUUUCUGGGAUUAAUUCAGUAGUUUGUGAAACUUGUAACACAUAUCCCCUUAUAACUGAAGUUGCCUUUUUGUUAUGAGGAAGUUAACAUAAGCACAAUGAUGCUGUCAGUGCCUUACGAUGACCAAAAGUGCCUUUUUAAUUGUUUCUGUUGUGCCUGAACCUGCUUUAAAAAGGUUUUUAAAGGUGCACGGAAAACAUUCUUGUUGAUCAAGUACUUGUAUGACAAUCUUCUAAUGCUGGGGACUCACAGUGUGCCUUUUAGAAAUAUUUGGGUAGUGUCAUUGUUGAUUAGAUGUUGAGGGAAAAUAGAAUGUGAAAGUUGAUUUCACAAAAAUCAUUGUUGUACAGUUAUGUAAAGUUAUUUCCUCGCUGGCAUCUGGCUUGUAACAGGUGUCAGUAGCUCCAGAUCAGUGGGCUUCCUGAUCUUAGUGAACCUCUUCAGACUGUUUAUUCCUGUAAUUGUCGAUGUGCCUUAUGGAGAUAACCCGGUCAAGAAAUAUGAAAAGAAUGUGAUAGUGAAAUAAAUUACCUUCUAUCUUUUGGAGCGUUUGUUGGUAAAGGUUGAGAUAAUACAGAAAGAUGUAUCUGUAUCUGUCGUGUGUGUGUGUGUGCGUGUAUGUAGGUUUUAUGGUUCCUCAGUUGGUGAGAUGUACAGUUGUUGGGAAAGAAAACCAACGUUUUAUUUUUGUGUCUGUGUGUGCAUGUUUUCUUGAUUGUUUGCUCUCUGAUCAUCACUUGAAAUAGCUGUUCAUUGUUCACUCAAUGUUUGCCAAAUGGGAAAAUAAAAAGAUGAAGAUUAA